UAGAGUCAGUCUCUCUCUGUGUCGCUGCCAUAAAGGGUUUCAACCGUGUGUAGUGACAGAGACAAGUUGGGUUGGUUUAUCAGGUUUGGGUUCCAUGGGUUUGGGUGUCUCGGUGAGAUCUUCUUAUCUAAAUCGGGUUGAGCUUGUUUCUUGUGGCGGGUAAUCGGCUCGUCGUCAGAGCUGCCAGUGAUCCGUGUCAGUCUGGAAGAAUUGUGAGACCUGCUGACCUCUUAUCGUCAGGGAGUACGAGUCAAGCCGAGUGAAAGAAAGCAGGAAGGAACAGAAGAGGAACAGCAGGAGAAGGAUCUUUUUCUCACCCGUCCUCCCUCUCUGCGCCCCAGCGUCUCCACAGCUUCAGCAGGAUGAAGCAGAAGGAGGACCUGAGCCCCGUCCUGCUGCUGCUCUUCCACCUCAUGGUGUGCAUCUACUCCUUCCUCGCCUUCUUGCCCUCCGUCUUCCUCAGCUGGGUCUCCAGGCUGGACGGCGACGGCAUCUGCUACGGCUCCGAGGAGGACCGGGCGGAGAGGAUGAAGGCCUGCUCCGAGCCGGGGCAUCCCGAGGGCCCUUACCGAGCGGUGAGGGCCACCAAGAGGCUGGAGUCCACGCUGCACCCCGGAGUGCACACGCUGGAUAAGAUGUUCGAGAACGCAGCCCGGAGGUUUCCACGCAGACACUGCUUAGGGACCAGGGAGGUGAUCAGUGAGGAGGACGAGCGGCAGGGCAACGGGAAGGUGUUCAAGAAGGUGGUUCUGGGUGAGUACCGCUGGCUCUCCUAUCAGGACGUGCUCACGGCGGCGUCGCAGCUCGGCAGUGGUCUGGCGUCUCUGGGUCAGCGCCAGAAGAACAACAUCGCCGUCUUCUGCGAGACCCGGGCCGAGUGGAUCAUCGCCGCCCAGGCCUGCUUCAUGCACAACUUCCCAUUGGUCACCCUUUACUCCACGCUGGGAGGUCCGGCCAUUGCUCACGGGCUGAAUGAGACUCAGGUGACCCACAUCUUCACCAGCAGGGAGCUCCUGGAGACCAGACUCAAGGCUAUCCUAAUAGAGGUUCCCCGGCUGCAGCACAUCAUCGUGGUGGACGACUCACCCGCCUCAUGGCCCGGAUAUCCUCGUGACAUCAGCGUCCACAACAUGGCUGAAGUCCAGGAGCUGGGGGCCCGGCCUGAGAAUGCAUCACGGGAGCGUAAACCGCCGCUGCCCUCGGACAUCGCCGUCAUCAUGUACACCAGCGGCUCCACGGGCAUCCCCAAGGGCGUCAUGAUCUCCCAUAGCAACAUCAUCGCCGGCCUCACGGGCAUGGCCGAGCGCAUCCCCAACCUGAAUGAGGAGGACACCUACAUCGGCUACCUGCCUCUGGCUCAUGUUCUGGAGCUCAGUGCGGAGCUGGUGUGUCUCGCUCACGGCUGCAGGAUCGGAUACUCGUCCCCUCAGACCCUCGCUGACCAGUCAACCAAGAUCAAGAAAGGAAGCAAAGGAGACACCAGCGUCCUGCAGCCCACGCUGAUGGCAGCUGUCCCGGAGAUCAUGGAUCGUAUCUACAAGAACGUGAUGGCGAAGGUGGAGGAGAUGAGCUGUCUGCAGAGGACGCUCUUCAUUCUGGCUUACAACUACAAACUGGAGCAGCUCUCCAAAGGAUACAGCACACCUCUGUGUGACAAGCUGGUGUUCAGGAAAGUUCGCUCUCUGCUGGGAGGUCGGACGCGGGUUUUGUUAUCAGGUGGAGCGCCACUCUCCGCCAUAACGCAGCGCUUCAUGAACGUGUGCUUCUGCUGCCCGGUGGGUCAGGGGUACGGCCUGACGGAGACCUGCGGGGCGGGGACCAUAAGCGAGCUGUGGGAUUACAGCACAGGGAGAGUGGGAGGCCCCCUGGUCUGCUGUGAGAUGAAGCUCAAAGACUGGGUGGAGGGUGGUUAUCGUAGCACCGACAAGCCAAAUCCAAGAGGAGAGAUCCUGGUGGGUGGACCCAACGUCACCAUGGGAUACUACAAGAACGGGUCGAAAAAUGAGGACUUCUUCGUAGACCAGAACGGCCAGCGGUGGUUCUGUACGGGAGACAUCGGAGAGUUUCAGAAAGACGGAUGCCUCAAGAUCAUUGACCGUAAGAAAGACCUGGUGAAGCUGCAGGCAGGAGAGUACGUCUCUCUGGGAAAGGUGGAGGCCAUGUUGAAGAACUGCCCUCUGGUCGACAACAUCUGUGCCUACGCCAACAGCGAUGAGACGUACGUGAUUGGCUUCGUGGUGCCCAAUCAGAAGCACCUGCUGGCCCUGGCGGAUCAGUACGGUAUCCGGGGCUCCUGCGAGGAUCUGUGCAACAGCAAGGCUGUGGAGGAGCUGGUGCUCAAGACCCUCACUGAGGCGGCUCUAGAGGCCCAGCUCGAGCGCUUUGAGAUCCCCCGCAAGAUCUGCCUGAGCCCGGAGCCCUGGACUCCUGAGACGGGAUUAGUGACUGACGCAUUCAAGCUCAAACGCAAAGAGCUGAAAACACACUACCAGGUCGACAUCGAGAGGAUGUACGGAGGGAAAUAAGAGACAAGCAUUGUUCACCGUUAAAGCACAGACCAACGCUCCCAGUACCCUGUCACCACUCGAUCUAAAUGAACAGAGCCACCGUGACCUGAAUCGGUGUUGAAUCUUAACAGGAAGAAGGUUAAGGGUGUUAGCAACCAAAUCAUGGAGCUGGAAUUUAUAUCUAAAGAGAGACUGAGAGAGAAAACAGAAAACUGUCCACUGAUGCAUUCCCCCUUUUUCCGCCCAGGUGUAUGACCUCUUUGUGGGGAUCUGUGUUGUUCCAGAUGUGAGUUAUGAAACAGAUGUUUGUUGAACUCUUUGUUUAAGAUAAUAGACAUUAUUUUCGGUCUUUGAAUCUGUCCUAAACUUCGGUUUGAUCCUCUUUCUUUUUAACGUAAAGGUCUUAAAGUCCUUUUUCCUGCAGGUCAGGAGACGGUUUUGUUUCUUUUCUGUUCACAUAUUUCGAGUGGUUUAUUUUGUCUCCCACCCACAGUCGCUCAGGCUUUGUCUCCCACGGUCAGCACAUCUUGUUACCAAAGCACAAAGCCAUUUGAGGGCAAACGAGAGCAGGUUAUGUGAUCUUUCCUCCAUCAGCCUUAAAGCCUUUUAUAGGAACAUGACAGAAACUAUUUCAAAAGAAAGGAAACACUGAUGUUUAGUCUGAUGUAUUUUCCUCUGGUGAUAGAGUAUAUUUUUUAAGCGUGUACAGACCACUUUGUGCACAAAAAUGCACAUUGACUUGCUUGUAUUACAGAUGAAACGAUAUGAUAAAUCAUGCAAUAGGAAAACGUGUCAUUUCUGUCCAAAUAAGGCAUUUGAUUACCGACAGGACAUAAAUAAAGCUUUCUCGAUGUGCGUUUGUCAGAGCGACUUCUGUGUGUGUGGGUAUGUUUUUUUUCUGUGCUUACUUAGCUUAAAGCUGCACAUUUUGUCCUCUGCACGAGUACGACUCAGUGUAUGAUCCCUUAAAUUAAAAAUGGCCCCAGCUCCGCGCACAAUGUGACACCUGUUGCCUUCUCGCCUUUCUAACCCCUGACUGAUUUUUUUAACUUGAUGUUUCUCCAUCCGUGUACAUAUCUGUUUGUGGAGCUGUGAUCAGCAGGGGAAGCACAUUCAAAGUCUCUUUUUUUAAUUUAUACUUUAUUAUCAAAGACCUGUUUCGGAGCUCCACUCCUCUCUCUGCAUCCAGAGCCUGCCUUUUAACAGAAGUGCAUCAACGUUUUGUCUGUUACUUGUUGGAAUACCCAAAUAAAGAAAUAAACAUUGUGUUUGGUCUAUA